AUGCCGUCAUGUGUACGCACCGCAUCAAACCUUCCAAAGCGCUUGUGUCUUGCCAAGGUUCUGUACUUGAAGAACAUAGUGACAGCAGAAGACCUUGCGGACGAGCAAGGGUAUGCUGAGAUCUGCGCAGACAUUCGCCUCGAAGCCGAGAAGUUUGGCGCCGUGGUAUCUAUCGAGGUGCCCCGUGGUGGCGGUUCAGGCGCCGGUGGCCCUGGGGCCCUCAACAACGCGCUGCCCGCGCCAGCAGGUCCGCUGGCCCUGACGAACGCGCCCACCGAGGAGCCUAAGCCCGCUGCUCCAGCGGCACUCCCGGCGCCGACGCUGCCGGACUUGUCCAUGGCGCUGGUUCCGAUUGGUGGGCAGCUGGCCAAGCCUGGCGGCGCUGGGGGUGGAGUCGGUGGCGGUGGUGCCAGUGGCCCUGUGGAUCCCAACACUCCUGGUUUCGGCUUUGCCUUCAUCGAGUUCGCCAACAUCGAGGGUGCCGCGAAGGCCAAGAAGGCAUUACAUGGCCGCAGAUUUGGGGCCAACAACGUCGAGGCGGAGUUCUUCUCAGAAGACAAGUACUACGCGAAGGACUUCCUCAGGCCUACUCCCAACAUCGAUGAGCCCAAGCAGGAGAUGGGUAUGGAGCUGGCGCUCAUUGGGGGUGGCGGCGAUGCGCUCGACGAAGCGCCGGUCAUGGUCGAGUAG